UAUCGUCCUUCAGAACACUAAUAUUUUGUCCUUUAGCAAACGUACCAAGUUAAUAUCUUGUCUAUCAAGGCAUAACUUUACCUAUCUCCACUUGUUGAGAUAAGGAGAUUAAACCAGUUACAUCGACGAUUGUACAUACGGGAUGACUUUUGAUCUGUACACCUUUGCAUUCUUAGACUUGGAUACAAUGGAUGCGAUUUCUUGACGGGCAUUUUUAUAAAACUUAGUAUUUUCGUCAUAAAACCGUAUGUCUUCUCAUAAAUCAAUAGUCCAUGACUGGCAUAUCCGGUGUGGUUAAACCAACCGGAAACGGAAGCGUUAACAUGUGUGGCAUUAUGGGAGAAGCAGAACGGAGCUUAAUGGCUCCUAAUUCGGCAAAAAUGAGAUCGCCUCGUCCUAGCAGAAUACCAAAACUCGCUCCCUUAACGUAUCAAAAUGUAAACAAUCAUUAUAAAACUCAACCAGUCAACGAACCACGUGUUGCUAUCAGGAAGCCGCCAUCUUGCAUGUAUAGUAAUCGAACCGAUUGCAUGUUUAAGACCGAAUAUGAUAAUUUAGCUGUUGGACAUUUCAUGCCACAAGCUGUGUUUAACGAACAGAUAUCAAAGACUUGUCAACCAGUAAACUCAGAAAUGCAUUUAGAUCCAGUCACUUCGAAUGACUGUUCGGCAGAAACCACCACUGUUGGACCUUUCAUUGAAUCAGCCGUGAUACCAACACCCGCUGACGAAACUCAAUUUGCUUCGUAUUAUCAAGACGAUUUAACUCUUUUAUCGGAACCUUAUUGCCACGAAGAAGUGUUAAAUACGAUUUUAGAAUCGGAGAAUUUUUUCGAAGAUAAUAAUAGUAAUCCUCAAAAUCAAAUUUUGCCUGAUUUAUUUCCUCAAUCUCAAACGUUAUCUUUCAGUGAUUUGUAUAGUUAUUUACAAGAAGAUCAAGACAACUGGAAUAUUUAUCCCGUUCUUCCACCCGUGUCUACGAAUAAAGAAAUGCCUCCGAGUAGUUCACCCCUGUCUCUAGCAACUUCUCGUUCUUCUUUUACAGGUAGGGGAAAUAAAAGAUCUCAUUCUAUAUCACCUUUAUCUGCAGAACUCAACGCUAUCAUUCGAACGUCACCUACUUCUUUGGUGUUUCUACCAUCUUCCAGAUGCUCUUCUAAUAGUUUAUCACCUUCACCGGGAGAAAAACCUGGCUGCUAUGGACAUUUAAAUGCUAGAAAUAGCGCUAGUCCACAUUCGAAUAACUCUGGAAGACGAAUUAGUUCGAUAUCGCAGUACGAAGAUCAAUAUUUGUUUUUGCCAGAGUCUAAUAAUCUAUGUAUUCUUCAAAAUGGUAAUCUUAACAAAGAUUGCUCUCAAGUUUUUCCUAUACCACCGCCUAUUCAAAAUAGGCCUCCUCCUCCUUCUUACGAUCAGUAUAUGGCUGCUCAUUUUCCUACCAAAAUCGAAUUGAAACCGAAAAUAAAUUCGAACGAAUCGAAAGAAAAUAAAGAAAUUUUGAAUUGUGGUUGGAUCGACUGCGGUGAACAUUUCGAAGAAAGAAAUGAUUUGGUCAGACAUAUCGAAUCGGCCCACGUCGAUCAACGCAAUUUCGUUUGCUAUUGGAAAGGAUGUUUUCGUGAACAGAGACCGUUCAAUGCCAGAUACAAGCUACUAAGCCACAUGAGAGUACACACAGGAGAUAAACCAAAUAAAUGCACAUUCGAUGGUUGCACGAAAGCUUUUCCUCGAAAAGAAAAUUUAAAAAUUCAUUUGAGAUCGCACACGGGUGAACGUCCUUACGUUUGUCAGUAUCCGGAUUGCGGGAAAACUUUCACUAAUUCUUCCGAUAGAUCAAAACAUCUGAAAACUCAUCAAGAAACGAAACCUUAUGCCUGUCAAGUACCUGGAUGCGAUAAACGUUAUACUGAUCCUAGUUCAUUGAGAAAGCACGUUAAGAAUCAUAUUAAUAAAAAAGAACAUGUACGGAAAAAAUUACGAAGUGGAUGCGAUGUGGAUGAUCUCACUGACUGUCUAACGGUACAGCCGUUGAAACUAUUUUCAAGUGAAGAAGCUUCUCCGACUGAUAAUGGAGUAGACAGUGGUAUCGGACGAUCUCCAAAAGGUUCUCAACCAGGAUCCACUUCAGAUCUUCAUUUAGGUAUUAAUAAUGUCAGUUGCCAAUCUAGUCGUAGUGCUAGUGAAUCGGCUAUACAUGCAUCUCCAGGAAGCCAUAAAAGUAAUUCACCAUUAACCGGAAUUACAGAAUGGGAGGAGAAUCGUAGCAAAAUGAGUCCCAAUGUUCCCGUACUGCCUCCAAUUGGAGGACGUCCGUAUACAAGUUAUCAUACAAAUCAAAUACUCAGUCCAGCACGUCCCACUUCUUGGUGCUUUCCUGGAGAAGAUCUGAAACAGCACAAGGAGCAAUUAUUGUCAUCGAAUUAUCAAAAUUCUGUGAUAUCAAAUCCAAACAUUGUUAUAUCUCAAAAAGGAACAAUGUGCAAUCAGCAAAUUAGAUGUCACAGUAAUUUUGCUGGAUAUAACAAUUUUACACCAAUUUCGUUGACCUUUGACGUGUAUCCAACACAAGAACAGUUAAGUUAAUGCAGUAUUUUUAAGAUUUGAUAAAAUACAUUGGAA